UAAAUGAAGUCAUGAGCAGGAGACGAAGCACGUAAAAGUCAUGUAAAUAUUUACAGCACAGUCAAGUUGACAUCCGUUUUUAAGAGAAGGUUCGCUGUUAAGCUGGCUUUCUAAUGCAUGAAGCCCGUAGACUGUAUGACGACUAAGGAUUUCAAGACCUCGACAACCGAAGCAGUGGCUGUGUGAUGCAUGCUUUCUGCUACAGCGUGGACAGAGAGGCUGGCCGAGGCAGCAUUUUCAGUUUCUAAUGCGCCCAGCACGGAUGAGUUGGGGGGUAUGUGGCGCCCAGAAGGGGAGGCUGGCGCUGGGCGUGGUCAUCCUGCUGCUUGUGGACGUAAUCUGGGUUGCUUCAUCUGAACUCACUGCAUAUAUCUUUGUUCAGCAGCAGUACAGUAAGCCUUUUUUCAGCACGUUUGUGAAGACCUCCAUGUUCGUGUUGUAUUUACUUGGCUUUCUCUUCUGGAGACCAUGGAGACAGCAGUGUGCAGCACGUUACCAGCAACAGAACAGCAACCUUACUCCUGAUGCUGAUUCAUAUUUAACUAGUGGUGGAACUGAAAGCAGCUUUAGCAACUCCUUAAGUGAGCCUCUGUAUGUGCCGGUAAAAUUUCCGGAUGUUCCUGAGAGCGGUGCCAGUAGAGAGUCUAAGACUCCUGUGAGGAAGCAACGUGUGCGAUUCAGUAAUGUGAUGGAAGUGCGUGAGCUGCCUUACUCUCAGGCUGUAGAAGCCAAACUGUCCCGCAUGUCGCAUAAUCCCGCCUCCUUCAGGAUAAUAGGAAAACUCAGCAUCAGUGCUGUGGCCAGAAUCAGCUUCUUCUUCUGCUUUGUGUGGUUCCUUGCAAAUCUAGCCUACCAGGAGGCUCUGACAGAUACACAGGUGGCUAUUGUAAAUAUUCUGUCUUCCACCUCAGGUCUUUUCACUUUGAUCUUGGCUGCCAUCUUUCCAAGUAACAGCAGUGAUCGUUUCACACUCUCUAAACUGCUGGCUGUUAUUCUGAGCAUGGUGGGUGUGACUGUGGUCAGUGUCUCUGUGAUGGACAGUCCUGAUGGAAAAGGCACUAUUGGCUCUCUCUGGUCACUGCUGGGGGCUGUGCUUUAUGCUGUCUACAUCGUUAUGCUAAAAAGGAAAGUUGAUCGAGAAGAGAAGCUGGAUAUCCCGAUGUUCUUUGGGUUUGUGGGCUUGUUUAACCUGCUGUUGUUAUGGCCUGGCUUUGUGCUGCUGCAUUACUCUGGGUUGGAGUCGUUCGAGAUGCCGAGCCAGUUGGUGAUCAGCUGCAUUCUUAUCAAUGGCCUGAUCGGGACUGUGCUGUCUGAGUUCCUCUGGCUAUGGGGAUGUUUUCUCACCUCAUCUCUAAUUGGGACACUGGCUCUAAGUCUGACAAUUCCACUUUCCAUCAUGACCGAUAUAUGCAUGCAGAAGGCGAGUUUCUCGUGGCUGUUCUUUGCAGGUGCAAUUCCGGUGUUCCUCUCCUUCUUCCUGACUGCACUCCUGUGCCACUACAAUAACUGGGACCCAGCAAUGAUAGUCCUCCGGAGAGUCUUCUCAUUCUUCUGUCGCAAGCACAGGAAUCACAGACUAGCGGAGGACAGCGAGCAGUGCGAGAGUCUCAUCCCUCUGCAGAGUUCCGCCCUCGACAACAGAGCUUUCUGUUCCUGAUCAGCACUUAAAUAGGGACAGAGAAGCAGCAAGUGACAAUCUGAAACCUGCCAAAUGCUGCCCAGAGCCACUGUGCCUCAUAACAUCUCAUCACUUGCUCUUCCUCUCGUAUGCCGAUGACCCUGUGAAUCGCCCCAUGAGUGACCUUGCCAAUUUGCUCUUCAUGUUGGGGGCUGUGAUUUCUCAGGGCAAGAAGCUAGGCCUAGGAACCAGCGUUCUCCAGCCACACCAACCACCUACCCUGGAUGGUCCAAUCUGACUGUACCACAAUGGCUGAUCAACCAAUCAUAGUAUCUGAAAAGAGAGCCCAUUCAGGUGUGCAAGUGAAAGGGGAUUGUGAUUUGCAGACUAAGCUCUUGAACUAACACACGCUGUCUGUAUUCUCAAGCAUAUCACAAAAAGAUAGAAAUACAAUGUUGAAUGUCAGAUUUCUGAUUGUCAAUAAACAAAUAUGGGCACUUGAGAGUUAAGAAUAUGUUUCUACAGAUUACAGAAUAUUUCUACAGACAGAUGCAUAUAGCCUGUAAUCUUGAAAAUCUUUGUACUGUACAUAGUGUGUAGACCUUACAGUAUUGGCAAAGCCUGUAUGACGAACACCAACUGUGAGGACUGCAUUUGAUUGUCGUUUGUCAAAAAGUGUCAAAAAAUUUUUUUUCAAUGAUGUAUAAAGUAUGGUGUUAAAAUGGGACACUAACAUUUUAGGUUAAGAUGCAGCCUGUAUUCAGUAUGCUGUGCUGAAUUACCAAAUACGACUCAAAUUCCAGUAAAACACUAUUCAGCAUA